AUGAUUUUGUGCAAGAUUCCGCAACCACGAUGGACGGGCUGUUUGAUGCGUUUGACGAGACAGCACCACGUGCUGCGACACCAGCAAAGCACAAGAGCAAUGUGCAAGCUGUGAUCGAGGCUGUUGCCGAGGCCGGCGACAAACGUCUGCCUCCAACCACCACACCAGAUGACAUUGAGGAUAACACGCCAGGCGGUGUCAAGGCUGAGCUUGCUAGGAUCGAAGCAAAGAAGAAGAACGUAUCUGCGCAUGACAGCGUGUCCAUCCCCCUCAGCAAGAUGGGGGCUGCGUUCCAGAAAGUCUCUGCAACGCCAACAGUGAUCAGCGGCGGGUCCAAGGACUGCCUGCACGAGGUGGCCAUUCCACCAGGGCACGAGUACACGCCAUUUGAUGAGACGCCGGCCCCUGAGAAGCCAGCCAAGACAUACCCGUUCACACUCGAUCCUUUCCAGCGAGUCAGCGUGCAGUGUCUCGAGCGCAACGAGUCUGUGCUCGUAUCUGCGCACACAUCUGCGGGUAAGACGGUGGUUGCCGAGUACGCCAUCGCCAUGUCUCUUCGUGACGGCCAGCGUGUGAUCUACACCAGCCCGAUCAAGGCGCUGAGUAACCAGAAGUACCGCGAGCUUGCAGAGGAGUUCAAGGAUGUCGGCCUCAUGACUGGUGAUACGACCAUCAACCCAAGCGCCAGCUGUCUGGUGAUGACAACAGAGAUUCUUCGCUCCAUGCUCUAUCGCGGCUCGGAGAUCAUGCGUGAGGUUGGCUGGGUUGUCUUUGACGAAAUCCAUUACAUGCGCGACGCAAACCGCGGUGUUGUGUGGGAGGAGACGUUGAUUCUGCUCCCAGACAACGUCCACUAUGUCUUCCUCUCCGCCACCAUCCCAAAUGCCCUGCAGUUUGCCCAGUGGAUCAGCCACAUUCACAACCAGCCAUGCCACGUCGUGUACACGGACUACCGCCCCACGCCGCUGCAGCACUACAUCUACCCGUCCGGCGCAGAGGGACUCUACCUCAUUGUGGGCCCAGACGGCGGGUUCCGGGACGACAACUUUACCAAGGCGAUGGCGUCGAUGCAGAUCUCUGGGGCCGCCAACAAAGGCCGGGCCAAGGGCCGCUCCAAGGGGCAGUCCAACAUCAGCGCCAUUGUGGGCAUGAUCAUGAAGCGCAAGCUCCACCCCUGCAUCGUCUUCAGCUUCAGCAAGCGCGAGUGCGAGACAUACGCCAUGGACCUCUCGAAACUCGACUUUAACACAGAGGACGAGAAGAAGAACAUUGAGCUCAUCUUCACCAACGCCAUCGCCUCCCUCUCCGAGGAGGAUCGCGCCCUCCCCUCCAUUGAGAAUCUCCUGCCGCUGAUGAAGCGUGGUGUGGGCGUGCACCACAGCGGUCUGCUGCCCAUCAUGAAGGAGGUCACCGAGCUCCUCUUUGGCGAAGGCCUCGUCAAGGUGCUGUUUGCCACGGAGACCUUCGCCAUGGGUCUCAACAUGCCGGCCAAGACCGUUGUGUUUUCAAACGUGAAGAAGUUUGAUGGAAAGGAGUUCCGCCCGCUGUCCUCUGGCGAAUACAUCCAAAUGUCUGGACGUGCCGGCCGUCGCGGCCUGGACACAAACGGCAUUGUCAUCCUCAUGAUGCAAGAAAAGCUGGAGCCCCAGAACGCAAAGGGGAUGCUGCAAGGACAGGCAGACAAGCUCAACUCCGCCUUCCGCCUCACAUACAACAUGGUCUUGAAUCUGCUGCGUGUGGAGGAAAUCAACCCAGAGUACAUGCUCAACAAGAGCUUCUACAAGUUCCAGAACACACAAGACAUUCCUGCGAUGCGCAAGCGCGUGGAGGAGUUGGCGGCGGAACACAAGAGAUUCACCGUCGACCGUGAGGAUGAAGUCGAGAUGUAUCACACGCUGGUCACGAGCAAAGACACGCUUGAGGGAAAGCUCAGCACAGCAAUCACAGAGACAAAGCACAUUCUCAGAUACCUGAACCCGGGCAGAUUGGUGCAUGUGCAGGAUUCACAGCAGGACUGGGGAUGGGGUGCCGUUGUCAAUUUCCAGCGCAAGAAGCCCCAGCAGCUGCCGGGCCAGGCACAGCAGACGAAAGAAGUGGUGAUUGUGGAUGUGCUGCUCAACUGCGAUGCCACCGUCGUGAAGGGUGAUAAGCCACGUCCGUGCCCGGCAAAUGGAUCCGGGGAUCCGCAAGUCAUCCCGGUCGUUCUCGGUGCAAUCAAGGGCCUCUCCAGAUUGUGCAUGCGGCUUCCAAGGAGCAUCAAGCCGGCUGACGAGCGGAAGCGCUUGUACAAGAACAUCCGGGAAACCCUUCGUCGCAAAGGACCGUGCCCGCUGCACCCCGUGAAAGAGAUGAAGAUUCAGGACGAAGCGAUUGUGCAUCUGUGCUCCCAGAUUGAUGAUCUCCACCAAAGGAUUGAGACGCAUCCUCUGCACAAGGACGAGAACCGGGAAUCUCUCCUCGCACUCUUCCGCAAAAAGCGUGACAUCUAUGAGGAGCUUCUGGCAACAAAGCGGCAGCUGAAGAUGAGCGAAUCCAUCCAGCAACUCGAUGAACUCAAGAGCCGCAAACGCGUUCUUCGCAGGUUGAAGUUCUGCACGGACGACGAUGUGAUUGAGAUGAAGGGGCGGGUUGCAUGCGAAAUUAACACGGGCGACGAGCUGCUCAUCACAGAGAUGAUCUUCAACGGCGUCUUCAACGACCUCUCAGUGGUGCAAGUUGUGUCGCUGAUGUCGUGCUUUGUUGCGAGUCCGACAAAGGACGAGACGCCGUCCAAGAUGAAGGAGGAGCUGAGCGGCCCCUUCAAGCAGAUGCAGGAGAUGGCAAGGCGGAUUGCCAAGGUCUCGAUUGAGUCACGCAUCACCCUGGACGAAGAAGAAUACGUUUCGCAAUUUGCGCCCGACAUGAUGGACAUUGUGAACCAGUGGUGCUGUGGUGCGCGGUUCUCUGACAUCUGCAAGAUAACCACCAUGUAUGAGGGCAGCAUCAUCCGCUCCAUGCGCCGUCUCGAGGAGCUGCUGCGACAGAUGGCGGCGGCGGCAAAGGCCAUUGGCAACAGCGAACUGGAGCACAAGUUUGCAGAGGGCAUGUCCCUCAUCAAGCGAGACAUUGUCUUUGCAAACUCCCUGUACCUCUGAGCAUGCGCCUGCGCGUCUGUUUGUCAAUGUGAACAUGACGCUGGUUUUCUUGUUUUGUGCACAACUUCUCCGUCAGCGUAUUGCCUCUUUUUUGGUACAGCUUGUGGUACACUGUGAUGUGGGCUGGAAGCAUGGAUGCAGGCCGUUUUGUACACACA